AAUUGCGACUUUAAAUAUAUAUCAAAACGCUAUGCACUACCCAUCACGGAUAGAAGCUGUGUUUUUGAUGCUAUCGAUAACAUAUCUAAGUCAUGGAUUUCUUACAGUCACAGAGACGACAAGGCCUUAUCAUGCCAACAAAGUAUGGGCCUGGACCGGUAAUGAAAUUCAUUAGAGAUGUAGGCUCCCUUUCGAGUGUCCGGCAGCAACACGGUAGCGGUCAUCGGAUCAGACUUGCCCUUGGUGUUUGCAUUGGGGCCGCGCUUCUUUCGCCUUUCAUACAGGCAUCUGAGGCGAAACAAGACUCUGCACCGGCUACACUCGAUGAGCAGCACAGCACAUCCAACGUGCGGAUGCGAUCGACAUCGUCGAAGAAUGCGUUUUUCGUACCAGUCAAGCCACAGCCAGAGGCCGCACUGUAUUGCUUCGGUGAUAACGACGGUCUCACUGUGCCUGGUUGCGCAGAGAUUCGAGCGCCAUAUCCUUUGGCUGUGCCGUGCUUUGACCGGCGUGGAGUUCAGAGCAUAACGUUCGGGCAAAGGCAAGCGGCCGCAGUAACCAAGAAGGGAGAUGUAUACGCCUGGGGUGCAUUGUAUGAAGCCGACGGUGCCAUCCAGUCGGAUCCCCGUCUCGUAGUCAGCGGUGGUGGUGUGAUCGACAUGGCAUGCGGUGGCGAUGCUCUGUACUGCCUAGCAAGUGGUGGGCACGUCUAUAAGGUAAACGCAAGCACGGACGCUGUGGAGCAUCCUCAGAACAUUGGGUGGUUCAGCGGAGGCGUUACGGUAACACAACCUGAAGGUCUAGCCUUGAGGGAAAAAAUCGUGCAGCUGACGAGUGGAAAGGGGCACCUUAUGGCUUUGACCAAUAAAGGACAAUUGUUCGGCAUGGUAUAUAGUGAUACCGGGAACAGCCUAGGCCAGCUCGGCCUUGGUCACACCGAGCCAGUAAAGGCCGACGUCUGGCAUAAAGUAGACCUGGCAGAGGGGGAUGAGGUAGUGGAGGUUGCGUGCGGGUCCAACCACACCUUGGCGCUGACGGAGAAGAAUGACAUACUGACGUUUGGUCACAAUAACCUGCUGCAGUUGGGCCAGGGCGAGUUUGAUCUGGGCUCAGUUGGGUACACCGCACUACCCACGCGCAUCAAUACGCCUUGGUGGCCGAAUACCAGGACAAGGGAUAGCAAGGUGCUGAAAAUUGCCGCGGGAGGGGACUGUAGCGCCGUGGUGUUGCAGUCACAGUCGCCGCAGGGUGUGGUGCUGAAGAUGUUUGGCUCGGGGUUGAGUGGCACACUAGGGAAUAGUCAGUAUCGCCAUGCUGUCGGGAUUCCGACCAGUGUGAAGACUGUCAGUGGAUUGACACAGUACGAUGAGGGAUCUCAAAGCACAACGGCCAUCACAGUCAAGGACUUGUGCAUAGGUGAAGGGAGUGUCUGUGUAACGCUUGACACUGAUGACACAUACGCAUGGGGAGCCAAUGCGAGAUAUCAGCUGGGCGACUCGACUAUAGUCAACAGGUCAAAACCAGUGUUGGUGCUAUCCAAGACGGGCGAUCGUGGAUAUAUGCAAAUACCUGUUAAGGGCGAGGAUACAAAGGUGGUGCUCGCAGGCAACAACGGCGCUGUCUUCAAGAAAUAGGUAGUUUACUGAGACGGUUCUCGGUCCUAGGCGCAAUGUCCCUCUGGUUGUAGGCAACAUAACUCCAUCCUCACUCCCGCACGUUCACAUGUAUGCACGUACACGUACGCAUACAUGUACACGCUCACGUAUACGUACACGUACACGUACACGUAC